GGUAGGGACUUUAGGCACGAGCCUGAAUAAAUCGUCAGCGAAUCGGCCGCGCAAGCCUUCUCUUCCGAUCGAUCGAACGCCGACCCCCCCCGAGCAGGGCGAUCGCGCAGCGGCUCACCUUCCGCGCCGCCCGCCGACGGCCGACAUGGACACCGAGUACCGCGCCUUGCAGCAGGGGAGCUCCUCGUCGUGGUGCACGGCGGACGCAUCGUCCUGGGGAGCCGCGCAGCAGCAGAAGCGCCAGCGAUGCCAGGCUUCUUCAAGCGAUCAAGUUGGUUCCAGCUCAAAUAGUUCUCUGAAAAUAUCAGAACCACAACAAAUCCAAGAAGAAGAAGAAGAAGAAGAAGAUUAUUACAUGGAGGAUGAUUGUGAUGAUGAUGGCGAUGGCUAUGACGAAGAUGAUUAUGAAUUUGAUGAAGCUGACUUUAACCAGCACCUUGCUGAUAAGUUUGAUGAUUUGGAUCUUCCUCCAGGCGUGGAGGCCACUGUACCGUGGUUGCAGAAAAUUGCACCCAAGGAAGAAGCCAAGGAGCCACCUAAAUCAAAUACUGCAGAUGAGAAUGAAAAUAAAUAUACACAGUUCAAGCAGUUCGACACUGUUCAGAAUUUCUCUGACCAUUACUAUGCUAAGAAUUCAAAUGGAGAGCCAACCAGAGCCUGGUCAAAGAGAGUUCAACAUGACUGGAAACUUUUGGAGAAGGAUCUACCAGCAUAUAUAUAUGUCCGGGUUGCUGAAGAUAGAAUGGAUCUUCUUAGGGCUGCGAUUAUUGGGCCCAAGGGAACACCCUACCAUGAUGGGCUUUUCUUCUUUGAUGUUCACAUUCCCUCUAAUUAUCCUUCUGGCCCUCCGGCGGUAUAUUACCACUCUGGAGGACUUCGUAUUAAUCCAAACUUGUAUGAUAAUGGAAAAGUGUGUCUUAGCCUGUUGGGUACCUGGAGUGGUAGAGGUUGUGAAAAGUGGAAUCCAGCUCAAUCAACAAUGCUGCAAGUUCUUGUCUCCAUUCAAGCUCUCAUUUUGAAUGAUAAGCCAUAUUACAACGAGCCAGGAUAUGAGUCCUAUGCCAACACUCCGCAGGGAGAGCGGUCGUCUAUGGACUAUAAUGACAAGACCUUUCUGUACUCAUGCAGGACUAUGUUAUACUCACUUCGGAGGCCUCCAGAGCACUUUGCAGACCUUGUUGCUGGCCACUUCCGGGUGCAUGGGCACAUUAUUCUCGCAGCAUGCAAGCACUACAUGGCGGGUAAUGAUAUUGGCUCGGUAGUGCCAGAGGACGAGGAUGAGGAAGAUUCAGAAUACAAAAGCGGUGAUGCGGGAGCAUCCAGCAGUAGCAGCACUGCACCAAAGCCAAAGCCAAAGCCAGGAUUGAUAAAGGCAAUCCCUCCGAACGGACGCAGCUCAGGCUCAUUCAAUCCGAGCUUGAAGGUGCUUUACGAAGAUCUUCUGAUGGAAUUCAAUGUGAAGGGUGCCGACACGAGGAAGUUCAUUGUUGAGAAGUUAAAGAAGAACCAGCCUGCAGCCACCUGAGAAGCAUGGAAGGCUGCUGCAGGUAGAGGUAGUAGUAAUAGUUCCUAAGGUAGGGACGAUAGAGAUGAGUCUCUGGAAGUAAGAAGUAAGUAGUAGAAACAAGGAAAUGGCAUAGCUUCAGGGAAGCUUUUGUAGAUCCCUCGUCUCGGUGAUAAUUGGUGCUUUUGUAGAUACCUCGUCUCAGUGAUAAUUGGUCUCUAGGACCUGGAACUUGCUUGCUCACAUGAAGUAGAGUCAUGAUUUAGGGAUGGUAUUGGAGUGGAGUGCUGAGAGAUUCUCUCACGGCACCAUACUUCGUCAAUCUAAAUCUAAUGAUAGGUUUAUUUUGGACCUCAUAAAUAUAUAUAUAUAAAUAUAUGUGUCGGGUAUGUCUUUCGCUUA